UCAUCGCUCAAAUCAACCCGUCUUUCAGAUCUUCGCCCAAGUUUUUCUCUCUCCUCUGUGUUCUCGCUCGAGCGAGACCCAAACAAUUGAUUCGUCCAUUUUCUUCAACAGACCAAGUUUUUCAAACCUGGUGUUUGAAGAUGUUACAGAAUGCUCAACACCAACUUCUGCAAUCGCCGGCCCGGCUUGGCCUGCCAACUCCUAGUUCACCUUCUCUUCAAAACCCAACCACUCCUCCUAAGUUCUCCUCGCAAUUGUCACAACAUCUUCAACCUCAUCAACAGGCAAAUAUAUUAACUACCAGUACCACCUCAUCAACACUGCUUCCUCUUCUCCCACCUCUCUCUAGAGCUCAGUCUCUUCUCAUUCAAAUGGCAUCUCUUUCUUCAAGACUCUUUGAAGUCUCACCUAACCGAUCCCAUUGGCUUAGUGCUUUUCGAGGCUCUUUCCCUUCAUUUUUGCCUUCUGCAGCACCGGUUCCUCAAGAUUCCUACCCAUCGUCCUCAAAAGAAAUCCUUUCUGUGUUUACUUCUCUUCAGACACAGCUGUUUGAAGCAGUUGCCGAAUUGCAAGAAAUUCUUGAUCUUCAAGAUGAGAAGCAAAAAGUCACCCGUGAAAUUAGGUCAAAUGAUUCUGCAAUUCUUGCUUUCGCCAAUAAACUCAAAGGAGCUGAGCGUGUUCUUGACAAUCUUGUUGACGAUUACUCUGAUUAUCGCCGUCCCAAACGGGUGAAGUUGGAAAAUGAUAUUGAUGAAUCUUCAGUAACAACUGUAGCAACCCAGUUGAAAUUAUCUGACAUAUUGUCAUAUGCUCAUAGGAUAAGCUACACUACUUUUGCUCCACCUGAAUUUGGUGCUGGACAGGCUCCUCUUCGGGGAGCACUCCCACCUGCUCCACAGGACGAGCAAAUGCGUGCAUCUCAAUUAUAUAAUUUUGCCAAUCUCGAUGUUGGUUUACCUAAAACAGAUGAUGACAAAGAGAAGAUCAUUGAGCCGCUCAUUGAACCUUCAGCAGAUAUUACCAAUCUUUCAGCAAUUCCAGGCCUCAUCCCUCCAAAUAUCAUAGUGCCAUCUGGAUGGAAACCUGGUAUGCCUGUCGAGUUGCCCACUGACCUCCCACUUCCUCCACCUGGGUGGAAGCCUGGUGACCCAAUUGCUCUCCCUCCAGUGGAUUCUCUUCCACUUCCUCCAAAAGUGGAGGAAGCGCCAGCACGACCAGUACCUCCUCCAGGACUGCCAAGAAUGCCCGAGCCAAUACAGGUUCGGCAUGUGCAGCUUGAUAUUGAGGACGAUAGUAGCGAUUAUAGUUCUGAGGCCAGCUCUGAUAGUGAAGAUUGAUGUUGUUAGCUGUUUUGAGUAGCUAAAACAGGUUAGCCAUAUGCAGUUUGCUUCUCCUUGUACAAAGCAGCGGUACCCCUUUUUGCCUCCCUACUGGAUGAGUUAUUUUCUCUCAAACAACAGGUACCACUGCUCUCUUCUGUAUAAUUGGGGGACAUGUCUGUAUAAUUGGGGGACAUGUGAGUUUCAGUUUCAUGUUCUUGAGUUUUCUCUACCGUGUGUGUAGUUUAGGUUUUCUUAUCAGUUUCGCUUUGCCUGUUGACCAUGAUAUCCCCAAGAAAUAAAGAGAGCUAGUGUAAAGGUGAUAACAUGUAUUAUGUGGUUUCUUUCCCACUAAUUAUGUGGCUCAUUUUGUCCCAACAGUGUUCUGAAUAGUCAAGAUCAAACUGUGAGAUUGUUUCUUUGUUUGUUUAUAUUUGUAACCUGUAAAAGCUGUCAUAAUUAUGCUCUCUGUAGAGUAAAGAUCAUUCCAUUAUUCAGCGAAUAUUUGAAGACAAAACAAAAGUAAUGCAUUUCUAA